CACACACACACACACUCACAAACAAUCACACAGACACAACACUCCAAUUUCACUCCGAAUCUCUUCCUCGGCGCCUUUUACACAUCCAUCUUUUUCGCUUCGUUGCGGCAGCAGAAUCAAUCCAAUCCCCUUAUUAUUCUCGUCUUCUUGUCGGAAUACUUUCCUCAAGAUGUUCUGGUCGACCACUCCCUUUGGGCAAUCUUCCAAUGGGCCAUUUGGGUCCUGAUCGAGUUUCGGACAGAACAGCAAUGCAAGUAUCAACCUAUUUGCUUCCAAUCCAUUUGGGAGUUCAACUCCUUUUGGUUCAUCUACAGGAGGUUCAGUAUUUGGUGGAAUUUCCACCGGUGUGUUUGGAGUAAUUCUCCGCCAAGUCAAUUUCGACAGUCAACAUUUGGUUCCCCAUCGCCUCCUGCUUUUGGAACUUCAACAGCUGCUUGGUGCUCCCUCAGCCCCUGCUUUUGGGACCUAUUCAUCGUCAUCCGGUGCAUUUGGACAGUCAUCUAAUGUCCCAUUUGGGGCCUCAUCAGUUUUUGGGCAGAACAGCAAUGCAAGUACUAAUCCAUUCACUGUCAAGCCAUUUGGGAGUACAACUAGUUUUGGUACACCUACAGGAGGAUCAGUAUAUGGUGGAACUUCAACGAGUGUGUUGCGUAAACUCUUCGUCCUUAGGUCAGCAGUCAACAUAUGGUUCCCCGUUGCCUCCUGCUUUUGGAACUUCAACAGCUGCUUUUGAUGCUCCUUUUGCCCCUUCUUUUGGGACCUCUUCAUCAUCUUUUGGUGGACCUUCUAUAUUUGGUGUGAAGCCUCCUUUUGGAGGAUUUGCAUCAAGCCCCAACCAAUCUACCUCAUUUGGGAGAGCGUUUCAACAAGCCCAAACUACUUUUGGGACCAAUCCAUUUGGUUCGUCUUCUUCCUUCGGUGCAUCAACCCAAAAUGCAUUUGGCUCCUCAUCUACCUCAGGCAGCACACCUGCAACAUCUUUUGCAUCUGGGACCGGUGGUGAAUUCAGUGCUGCAAAACCAUUGGGACCAUCAAGUACCAGGGGUUGAGGGGUAUCAAGCACUCCAACAGUUGGGCUAUCAAAUUCAGCAACUGGUAGCAGCACUGGUCCAUCCUUUUUUGGGACUCAAAGUUCCUCUGGAGGUCAGUCGACAACCUCAACAUUUUCUUUUGGAUUUCAACAAAGAGGAAGUAGAUUAGCAGCGUACACUGCAACUGCAUCCGAAGCAGUUGAAGACGGCAGUCUGCAGUCCAUUUCAGGCAUGCGCAUUAACGAAGACAAAAACCAUGAAGAAUUGAGGUGGGAAGACUAUCAGUCUGGAGACAAAGGUGGGAUUGGAACUGGUGGUUUCACAAUUCAGUCAAACUCCUUUGCUCACCCGCCCCCUUCUCCAUUCACUUCAUUACCUUUUAACACAUCCCCAUCUGUUAGCUCUGUGAUGACAGCAUCAUCCUCUGCACCUUACCAAUUUGUAGCACCGCCAAUCUCAGCAUUUUACUGGAAUCCUACUUCAGGCUUGAUGUCUGCUAACACACAACCAUCCCCAGUAUCUCUGUCUGUUGUGAUGCUUCCAGAGACUUGUUCCAAUGUUCCUCCAGUUGGAUUUACCUUUGGCGUGAGUUUUGCCAACACACAACCAUCCCCGAUAUUAUCACCUGUUGCGCCGCUUCCACAGACUUCUUCAUUUCAAGGCCUUGUUCCUCCAGUUAGUCAACCCAAUGUAUUCAGUGAAUCAUCUCUGCCUCCUGCGAGCAAUCAACUUGGUCUUAGUCAAACAACUCCAUUUUUAACCACUCCUUCACAGCCAACUCAAACAUCUCAGACAGGUGCUUUUGCUAAUAGCAAGUUUCCUUGGUCAUCAGCAGGUUUAAGUGGAUUCGCGGACACCACAGGAGUUCUUGGAUAGAGCACCUUCAGUCUACCGUCUUGUACUCAGAAAGCACAGCCAGUACCUUGUCAGCUGUCAAUUGGUCACCUUGGUUCCACGCCUCCAAUUCGCUAUGGGAUUUCUAACAUGCCUGUGCUUGAUAAACCUGCUGCUACUGUCAGAGUGUCGUCCUUGCUGACAUCUCGACACUUGUCUCACAGACGGAUCAGGCUACCAGCCUGAAAAUAUGAUCCUAAAAGUGAUGGCCCAAAGGUGAGAAGUGGUAAAAUAACAAGUUGCGUAUUGUGUUAUUUCUUUUUUUCUCUCUCUCCACCAGCAGCCAGAUUUUGGUGAUUGAUUACAGGCUUUUUGACAUUUUUGGUCCCAAAGUAUUUAAUCGGUUCCGUUUUCGUCCCCCAAAUAUCGAUUGCGCAAAUUUAGUCCCCAACGUUUGAAAUUUGAGUUUAAAACUGUAGAAACUUUAUGUUCAUCUCAAAAUCAAAUGGCUAUGAGUUGAGAGGUCCCAGAUGUUAUCAAGUGAUCACCCAUUCCGCUCCCAAGCAAUGUGGGACUCAAUUUCCUUAACAUCCCCCCUCAUGUGCAACCGCGUUUGAGGUCUGUCACGUGUGGUCACUUUUGGGUCCUAUCAUCGUGCAGCCUUUUUGCUGGUCUGUCAUCGUGGGGUGUGGAUUGUAAAUUUUUAUAAAAUGUGGGGUGGAACGGGCCGCGUUCUGAUACUAUGUAGAAAUUUUAUAUCCAUCUCAGAACCAAUUGGCAAUGAGUGGAGAGAUCCCAUAUGUUAUUAAGUGGUCAUCCAUUUCA